AUGAUUGUGUCACUCUUUGACCGCAGAGCAUUGUCGCUCGCGGUCUUGUCACUUCUCGCGUCCUCUGCUGCAGCUAAUGUAUUUGAGAGCUUGUCUGCUGUUCCUCAGGGAUGGAGAUAUUCUCGCACACCGAGUGCUGAUCAGCCCAUGAAGCUACAGAUUGCUCUGGCACAGGGGGAUACUGCCGGGUUUGAAGCGGCUGUGAUGGACAUGUCAACCCCUGAUCACCCUAACUAUGGGGACCACUUCAACACCCACGAGGAAAUGAAGCGCAUGCUGCAGCCCAGCGCCGAGUCCGUAGGCUCGAUCCGCGAGUGGCUCGAGGGUGCGGGUAUUACUAGGAUCGAACAGGAUGCAGACUGGUUGACCUUCUACACCACUGUGGAGAAGGCAAAUAAGCUGCUGGAAGCCAAUUUCCAGUUCUAUGUCAACAGUGUUAAGCACAUUGAGCGUCUUCGCACACUCAAGUACUCCGUCCCCAAGGCUUUGGAGUCACACAUCAACAUGAUUCAGCCAACCACCCGUUUCGGCCAGCUGCGCGCCAACCGGGCCGUCCUGCACACCCAGGUCAAGGAAACUGACGCAGCUUUCCGCACUAACGCCAUGUCCGCUUCCCCGGACUGCAACAGCGUCAUCACUCCCCAGUGCCUCAAGGACAUGUACAACAUUGGCGACUACAAGGCCAGUGAUACCAACGGGAACAAGGUUGGGUUUGCCAGCUACUUGGAGGAGUAUGCACGAUACGCUGAUCUAGAGCUGUUUGAGAAAAACGUUGCACCCUUUGCCAAGGGACAGAACUUCAGCGUCGUCCAGUAUAAUGGCGGCGGUAAUGAUCAACACUCUCCCGCCGAGAGCAGCGAGGCGAACCUCGACUUGCAGUACAUUGUUGGAGUCAGCUCUCCUGUUCCUGUUACCGAGUUCAGUGUUGGUGGCCGUGGUGAACUUGUUCCCGAUCUCGACCAGCCUGAUCCCAACAAUAACAACAACGAGCCGUACCUUGAAUUCCUUCAGAAUGUGCUCAAGAUGGACAGCAAGGACCUUCCUCAAGUGAUUUCCACCUCUUACGGUGAGGAUGAACAGAGUGUUCCCGAGAAGUACGCCCGUACCGUUUGUAACCUGUUCGCCCAGCUCGGCAGCCGUGGUGUGUCUGUCAUCUUCUCAUCUGGCGACUCCGGUGUUGGUGCCGCAUGCCAGACAAAUGACGGCCGGAACGCAACCCACUUCCCACCCCAGUUCCCUGCCGCCUGCCCGUGGGUGACAUCAGUGGGAGCCACAACUCACACAGCUCCUGAGAAGGCCGUCUACUUCUCCUCCGGCGGCUUCUCCGAUCUCUGGGAACGCCCUGAAUGGCAAGAGGAUGCUGUAACCGAGUACCUCGAUAAGCUGGGCGACCGCUGGUCCGGCCUCUUCAACCCUAAGGGCCGCGCCUUCCCUGACGUCACUGCCCAAGGCCAGAAUUACGCCAUCUACAAUAGGGGCGCAUUGACUAGCGUUGAUGGCACAUCCUGCUCGGCACCGGCCUUUGCCGGCGUCAUCGCCCUCCUCAACGACGCCCGCCUCAAGGCCAAGAAGCCACCUAUGGGCUUCCUCAACCCCUGGCUUUAUUCGACCGGCCGUGACGGCCUAAAGGACAUUGUUGACGGUGGCAGCACCGGCUGCGAUGGCCACGGCCGUUUCGGUGGCCCCGCCAACGGUGGCCCGUCGAUUCCAGGUGCCAGCUGGAACGCUACCAAGGGUUGGGACCCCGUCUCUGGUCUUGGAUCGCCCAAUUUCGGUGCCAUGCUCAAGCUUGCGGGCGCUGAAUAG